AUGGGGAAGAUACAACGAUAUUUGAUCCUAACGCCACUUGGACUGCCCCAUAGCACAACGAAAGACGUAAUUCUCGACAACUAUCGCAUUCCUAAGGACACGAUUAUUCUUUUGGAUUUAAGUAGCGCGAGCUAUGACCCAGCUUACUGGGAUCAACCGAAGGAAUUUCGGCCGCAACGAUUUCUAGACGAAAGUGGCCGAUUUGUCCAGAACAAUGCGAGCAUACCUUUCAGCUUAGGCAAAAGGCGGUGCCCGGGAGAAAUGCUUGCCCGCAGCACCAUAUUCCUAUUCUUCGCCUACGUUAUACAUUACUUCGACAUCGAAAUUUCUCCGGAGCAUGGUGAUCCAGACCCGAAUGGUUACGAUGGUUUCGCUAUAUCGCCGAAACCGUAUUAUCUGAAGCUCGCGAAGAGAUCGAACGUCCCGAAUUCGGAUAGCACGUAAACGGAAAUUAUUCGGUAGUAUGCGGCCGUGAGUAUUGCAAAUCACAGGGCCGCUAAUCUUCGCGUAAAUUUUCCAUUUUCAUAGACUGCCCAAUCAUUGCCGGAAUAGACGAAAAAUUUUGAUUUGUCCGCUGGAAGACUCUUCGAGAUAAAAAUUAGAAUAAAAAUUAUAAUUAUAGAUCUGAAGUCUUUCACACAAUUACUAUUCUAAAUACAAGAAUGUUUUUAAAAGAA